CAGACGUGAUCUAAUAUGUUCCGCCCUUCAAGCCCACUACUUAUUCUGACCAUGGGGCAUCAGCUCAAGCAAGACCUAUUGACUAUCACCCGCAGCAGCAACACAGCUAAAAGCAUUCACAGACACAACUCAGGUAUGUCUUUCAUUUUUGUCGUUGUCAUCUUUAUACCCAGUGCUUUGGGUUUAACAGAUCCAUGCCCCUCACUCUGUAAUUGUACAUCUUCUCUCAACAUUUCGGUGGUUUGUAUAUCCAGAGAACUAGACUCGUUUCCCUGCAGCUUCCCUCUGCAUACCAUUUCCAUCUCUGUUGAAUUCACCAAUAUUACUUCUCUCUGCAAUGGUUCCUUCUCAGAGCUGCCAAAUCUACAAGAAUUGCAUCUUUCCAACAAUGCCCUGCAAUCUCUUCCUAUCCAAUUUUUUGUUCCAUUAAGCAGUUUGCACACCCUUGACCUCACUAAUAACCUCAUUCAGUCUGUAACACCAACUUUGUUCCUGGACGUCCCAGCUCUCCGUUUCCUGGUACUCAGGGGAAAUUUAUUGACAAAGCUUUGGAUAUCAAAAAUUUCAAUACUGAAAAACCUGAACUGGCUAGAUUUAUCCCACAAUCAUCUGAAAGAAGUGAAUUCUAUGAGCUUCUCCUCUCUUAACAACCUAGAGAAUCUUGACCUCUCAUAUAACCAGCUUCACCAGUUGCCAUCAUCUUUGCUUAAAGGACUGCCUCUCUUACAGCGCCUGAACCUGGAGGGAAACAAUCUCUCCUCAUUACCCUCUGAUUUCUUUGCAGCCACUCCUUUCUUAAAACAUGUGUUUCUGGCUAGAAACUCCCUGCAUUUUUUACCCAAAGGACUUCUGCUACCAGUUAUGUCUCUGAAAACUCUCGAUUUAUCAGAAAACAUGCUAAAAUCACUUCCCUCUGGCUUUCUACUGGAGAGCAAAGGACUGAACGACAGUAUGGAACAGACUCUGGACCUUUCGAAUAACCCUUGGCAUUGUGACUGCCAUUUGUUAUCCCUGCAUCAAUGGGUGACUAAGCACAAGCACACUCUAUACUUCAUAGAUAACACUCAGUGUGCAGGACCUGGUGCUUUAAAAAACCGCACUCUGCAUCAGGUGACAGAGGUAGAUCUGUGCUGAACUAAACUGAAACACGGAAUUGAAAACAAUUGAAACAAUGAUUAUAAUCCUUUUUGUUUAAUGAGUAUAGCGCCUCAUAAAUUACCAAUAGAUAUGAAGUCAAUUUAAGGCAAUAUAUGUAAUAAAAGAACACAGGGUAGCACCUCAUUUUUGGAAAUAAUAGGGUAAAUAACAACUGGGCAUAGCACUGAUUAUUUAAAUGAAAAGCUGUAAAUUCCCUUUGAGUGAAUGUAAGUGCAAUUCACUGUCUAUAACAAAAAUGUAAAUUGGAUAAUUCCCCAAUUAAAGAGUUGAGGGAAUCAUAUAAGAGCACUGUCCAGCAUUAAGACCAGGCAUUACUGUGGAAUUAAAAGACCAUUCUCUAAUGGUCAAAACAGACAUAAGCACUUGCUUUGCAACUCUGAACAUGAACCUAAAGCUUGUAAACCCACAUGGUGUUUGUGGGUUUGGAUGGGAAAAACCUCAGAUUAGAAAAAAAAUUAUUUAAAAUAGCAUUGGUUCUAAAAUAACAUGGAUGUUCUGUUUAGCUUUUACAGCUCGAUUUCUUGCUCAACAAGCCUCUGAUAUAAUGGCCAGAA